GGCGGUCGCCAAAAGCCGUUGCUUGCCUCUCUCAUUCCGCAAUGAAGCCGAAAGCUUCUCCUACCUUCCUCCACCUGGGUGCAUCGUACGCCGACGAAGAGAAGGUCCUCCUUCAUCUCGCCUCAAACGGCAGAGCCGCCUUCAUCAGGGACGCAAACGGGUGGCUUCCGCUUCACGUGGCGGCGCGAGCAGCCUCAGUUACGAUUGUGAAGAAACUAAUCUCGCAGAACCCACGGGCGGCGGAGACAGCGGACAAGGCCGGCUGGUUGCCGCUUCACUUUGCCGCGUGCUCGUCCUCCUCGCUGCCUGUCGUGCUCGUCCUUCUGGCUGCGAACCCCGCAGGGAUCCGUGCAGAGACCAAGGCCGGCGCCCUGCCUCUCCACUGCGCCGCCUUUGGGAACGACUGCAUGCCGGUGUGCAAGGCGCUGCUGUCCGCCUGCCCCGAGGCGGCAAGCAAGGCCUGCCCUGUCGCCUCGGCCAAGGGGACGACGAUCAAGGGCAAGCGGACCGUCGCAGCACUGGCGGCUGAAGUCAACGAGUGGUCAAAGGCGGGCCGCGGCGCCGCCUCCGUCGCCGUGCCGUAAGAUCGACAGCCACAGUCCGACCCCGUGCAAGGCGUCAACCGUCAAGGUGCGUGAGACGAGGCGACGCCGGCGCCGGCGAGCAUCAUCGUGAGGCGGGUCCUGAGAAGGGGGGCGAGUGUGGGGGUCGGCCGGUGGGCGUCGCGGGACGGGCCCCCGCGGCGGGGGAGGCGUCGGGCAGGCAGGCGAAGCCCACAUUCUUCGAGGUUGUCAGAGAUCGAGGGCCGCUAUGAGCUUCUCGCAGCUUUUCGAGGGCCGCAGUUUUUUUUACGCUCCUUCCCGACAC